CUAAACAUCAGUAAUUAUAACACUCAUCAGAGUGCACUCUGACUGUAAACUUUUCCCCGGAAACAAGGUGGCAUUAAAUCAAGCUCUUAUCAACGUAGCAUGGCAAGCUAUAACAUUGCUCGUAGCAUUGCACAGAACUUGGAUCUCUUUGACAAGUAUACUUGCCCUCACUGCCACCAUCUCUGCAAGGAUGCUGUACAGUCAGUGUGUGGUCACUGGCUGUGUGAGAGCUGUGCAGAUGAGCUAAUGGAAACUAGUUCCCCCAAGUGCCCACAACCUGACUGCCAAGAAAAUCUCAAAUCAGAUGGAGACCAGUGCUUCCCUGAUCGGUUUGUGAGGAAAGAGAUUGCAAAGAUGAUGGUCAUCUGCCCCUACAAAGGCAACGGUUGCCAAUGGGAGGACAAGACAGCUGUUUUGGAGGCUCAUCUGAAGACAUGUACAUUCGCCUCUGAUGUGACGUGUCCACUAGCUCCACUAGGAUGCCAACACAGCCAAACUGGAACGAAAGAAGAAAUACAAAAGCACAUUGCUGAGUGUGGACCGGAACAUCUACAGCUAAUAGCUGCUAUUUUGAGUCUCUUACGCCCACUAUUACCGUCAGCCAUCAGCUCCGAGAGUGCUAGCGUGGUCGAGAGAGACGGAGUCCUUACUAGCAAAGGAAGCAAAACGAAACGCUUAGCACUAAAACACGAUGACUAUGGCUACCAAAGCAGAAGGAUCUAUAGCGACGAGGCAAGUACAGCUGCUUUCGCUAGUGAGCUAGACACAAAACUGGCCACACAAAUGAGAAAAAAAGAUGAAGAAAUCGAUACACUCGUAAAAAAAGUGAGUAGUUUAGAGAGAGCAAUGAAAUCAAAGCAAGCCGAGUACGAGGAUAGAGACUUUCGAUUAUCACUGAUAGAAAAUAGUUCCCACGAUGGUAACAUGAUCUGGAAGAUCCCGCAGUUCAGUCAGAGAAUGGCCGACGCACAAUCAGGAAAAUAUACAUCAAUUUUUAGUCUUCCGUUUCACACAGGGAAGUACGGCUACAAGAUGUGCCUCAGGCUAUACAUCCUAGGAGACGGUAUCGGAAAGAACACGCACAUGUCGCUCUUCUUUGUAAUAAUGAAGGGAGAGUUUGAUAAUAUUCUGCAAUGGCCUUUCACAUCCAAGGUGAUGUUCAAGCUGAUCAAUCAGACAGGAAAUAGGGACAUCAUAGACAACUUUAAACCUGACCCCAUGAGCAGCUCUUUCCAAAAGCCAAAGUCUGACAUGAACAUUGCGAGUGGUUGUCCACGUUUUGUAUCUCACACUGAACUAAAGAGUGGUGGAUUUAUAGUAGAUGACACUCUGUUUAUCCAAUCCACAGUGGAUUGUACUAACUUGUAACUAGGAGCGAUAACUGAUUAUCUAGGAAACAAUCAAUAUCUAUGUCCAUCUUUUCCUGCAUAUUAUACUAAACUUUUACUAUUUGUCUAUUGUUAAUUUUUUUUAAUGUUAAAUUUUCUGCUUUCAAGCUAACAUGA